GUAAAGCUUAGUGCUGUGUGGACGAGGACAGAUAGAGACGUACGGGACGAUUCUCGAUCUGCACCAACAGUUACGCCCUCUCCGCACAGACCUGGUUAGAGGAGGAAGAGAUUCUAAUCUCGAUUUUGAACCGCAGGAGAGGAUCGCAGGGAGAGCGAGAUGAGGGAGAUCAUAAGCAUACACAUAGGUCAGGCGGGUAUUCAGGUUGGGAAUUCCUGCUGGGAGCUUUACUGCCUCGAGCAUGGCAUUCAACCUGACGGCAUGAUGCCCAGUGACACUUCAGUUGGUGUUGCACACGAUGCUUUUAACACCUUCUUUAGCGAGACUGGUUCAGGGAAGCAUGUUCCUAGAGCUGUAUUUGUUGAUCUUGAACCAACUGUUAUUGAUGAGGUAAGGACUGGGUCUUACCGGCAACUUUUCCAUCCUGAGCAGCUCAUCUCUGGAAAGGAAGAUGCAGCAAAUAAUUUUGCUAGAGGACACUAUACUGUUGGAAAAGAAAUUGUGGAUCUCUGCCUUGAUCGCAUAAGAAAAUUAGCAGACAAUUGCACUGGGCUGCAAGGAUUUUUAGUGUUUAAUGCUGUCGGUGGUGGCACUGGGUCUGGUUUGGGGUCCUUGCUAUUGGAACGCUUGUCUGUAGAUUAUGGAAAGAAGUCAAAGCUGGGUUUCACCAUCUAUCCAUCUCCCCAGGUCUCAACUGCAGUUGUGGAGCCAUACAAUAGUGUUCUUUCUACUCAUUCCCUCCUUGAACACACUGAUGUGGCUGUGCUCUUGGACAAUGAAGCAAUCUAUGACAUCUGCCGAAGAUCCCUAGAUAUUGAGAGGCCAACUUAUACCAAUUUGAAUAGAUUGAUAUCUCAAAUCAUAUCAUCCUUAACAACAUCAUUGAGGUUUGAUGGAGCAAUAAAUGUGGAUAUUACAGAGUUCCAGACUAACCUUGUGCCAUAUCCCCGCAUUCAUUUCAUGCUUUCCUCAUAUGCUCCUGUUAUCUCAGCUGCAAAAGCAUAUCAUGAGCAGUUAUCGGUACCUGAGAUCACAAAUGCAGUAUUUGAGCCAUCAAGCAUGAUGGCUAAGUGUGAUCCUAGGCAUGGGAAAUACAUGGCUUGUUGCUUGAUGUACCGUGGGGAUGUUGUUCCUAAGGAUGUAAAUGCUGCAGUUGCCACCAUAAAAACAAAAAGGACUGUUCAGUUUGUUGACUGGUGUCCAACUGGCUUCAAGUGCGGUAUCAACUAUCAGCCUCCUUCAGUGGUACCAGGUGGUGACCUUGCUAGGGUGCAGCGGGCUGUCUGUAUGAUCAGUAACAACACUGCAGUUGCGGAGGUAUUUUCUCGAAUCGACCACAAAUUUGACCUCAUGUAUGCCAAAAGGGCCUUCGUACACUGGUAUGUUGGUGAAGGAAUGGAAGAAGGGGAAUUCUCAGAAGCCCGUGAAGAUCUCGCUGCUCUUGAGAAAGAUUAUGAAGAAGUUGGUGCUGAGGCAGCAGAUGAUGAAGAGGAGGGAGAAGAUUAUUGAUGUCAUAAAAGGCACUUUCUAGAUAACUGUAUCGACUUUUGAUUACAGAAAUUAUGCUUGUCAUGCCUCCUUCACCCUGUUGUUUCCUUCAUCUUGUGUGAUGCAUGUUCAUUAUACUAUGGUAAGCAUUAUGUUUGUACGUGUUGAUUUAGGAUGUGAUUGAUUGUGGAAUCGAUAAACGUUUCUCUUCUAUAUUGAUUACAUGCGAUUUUUAUCA